UCUGAGAAUAUCCAAAAUGUCAUCAAGUGUGUGUCAAGGUCUGGAUUUCAAUCUCUUCAAUGCUUCGCUUAAGCCCUCCCUCACUGACUCCGAGGUUCACAAGGAAGAGAACAACAUGAAAAGCAAUGACAAUAUUGACAUGCGUGGAUGGAGUUUUCUCCAAUCUCUCAGCAACAUAUCUGAAAUCAACAACAACAACAACAACAAAGAAGCAAUUGAGAAUGAAAAGGUGUAUGUCCAUCCCCUCCAAAACCGCUUCUCUUCUUCUAAGCUUAGCACCAAGAGCUUAGAAAUGUGUACUGAAAGCCUUGGAAGCGAAACGGGCAGUGAUUGUAGCGAAAGCAGCGACGAGAUUCAUUUCACUCCAUCACAAGAACAACUUGACAAUUUUGAGUCGUCACCGAAGUACUACAAAAAUAGGGUGACACAGAAAAGAAUGAAACGUUGCGCUAGCUUUCCGCCUCCAUUAACUUCAAUUAGCGGAACCAGUGGUGUCCGAUUGAGGCCUCACAGGGAAGGUGGACGUUUGAUUCUAAAAGCUGAAUCCGCUUCUUCUUGCCUUAACUAUUUUCAAGCUGAACGAAGCAACGGACGGCUUAGGCUUAGUCUACCGAAGCAUUUCUCCCCUGACUGUAACCAUGAUGAAGAUGAAGAUGAAGAUGUAGAAGAAGAAGAAGCUGACGUUGAUGAAAGUGAAACCGAAACACAAGACAUUGAAAAAAUUGAUACUGACGUUGGAGAAACAGAGGAAACAGACGAAAUCUUUCGUGUGGAAGGGGAGGAAAAUGGCGUGAAAGUGAGAGGUGAAAUGGGUGCGAAGAAGCUGUCAAUAACAAGUAGGUGCAAGGAAGGUGAACGUGGAAGGAAAGGAUUGCUUAAUUGGGAACCCUUUUGGGUGGCUUCAUAAACCCUACCAUUCAUAUAUCUCUACUAGUUCUGUUUUUCAUCGUCAAUUGCUCUGUCUUCUUACUGUACUAGUGGCUAUAAUUUGAGCUAGGUAUUGGGUACCUUAUCCAACCCAAUACCCAACUACGUUAUUUAUGCUUAUGCUAAUGCU